CAUUUUAGUUUCUGUUCAAGCUUCAAGAAGUUCACAAUGAAAGGAAUAAUUUUUUUUCUCCUUGUUGCAACAGCAACUGCUGAAAUUAUUGGAAAUUUUAAGGAAUAUGAAGUUCAUCAUUAUACUUUAGAAGGUCCAUCAAGCGAUACAAUUUACGACUUUUAUGGAGAUGCAAGAAUUAUUAAUGGAAGUGACGCUUCACCAGGUCAAUUUCCAUUUGUUGCUCGACUGUCAAUAACUCGUAGAGAUCCAAAUACAGGAUCGACUUCUGGUACACUUUGUACAGGAUCAUUGAUUCAUGAACAAUUUGCUUUAACUGCAAGUCACUGUAUAAAUCCAAAUCCAACUUGGGUUACAAAUGUCGCAUUUUUAAUUGGAACUGUCAAUAGAAAUGUCCCAGGAACUACUGUAAAUUCUGCAGAAUUUUGGUUCCUUGAACAUCCUCAAACUUUAGUUAUGGACAUUGCAAUGUUUCGAUUUGCUCAACCAAUAGUUCGUACAGCCUUAAUUGAUUUCAUUCGAAUUCCUUCUCGCGUACAAACUAAUUAUGAAUUUGUUGGUUGGCCAGUAACUACAAUUGGAUGGGGAGUAGAUAAUACAGGAUCAACUGCAGUUCAUCUUCAAUUUGCAAACUUUGCUGUCGUGUCUAUAAGAGUCUGUGGCGAUCGUUUUACAGAAUAUGAAAUUUGUUAUGUUGAAGAUGGCACAAAUGCACUAGUUCGACCAGGCGAUUCAGGUGCACCUGUUAUUGUAAGAGAAGGAGAUCAUAUGACACAAGUUGGAGUUCAUGCAGGACGUCGCACAUUAGGAACUUUGAGCUUCCAUUCAGCUGCAAGAAUUUCAACAUUCCUUGACUGGAUUCAUGAAUUUUCAGGAAUUCCAAUCAGAGAUUCAUAAAUCACGUGUAAAAAGUUCGGCAUUGUACUUUAAAAUGGCAAUAAAAUGAUACAAAUUUUCACAUC